CUGGCGGCAUGGCGGGCUGGGGGCUGCUGGCCCGGCUCGGCGAGCGCCUCUGCGCGGCGGCGGCGCCGGCUCCCCGAUACAGGGGUCAGCUGGGCUUUGUAGUCAGACACAUCAACAGUUCAACGUGGUGGCAUGAGAAUCUUUCUGAAGAGAAUGUGGAGUUCCUCAAGAAGAUAACUGCAGAGGAGUACAAAGCUCAGACAGCCAGCAAGCUGUGCCCUCUGAAAGAUGAGCCAUGGCCACUGAAUAAGUGGACACCAGAUUCCAUCAGAGUUGGUCUUGUUGCAGUAAAACUGGGAAUGAUGCCAAUAUGGACCAAAUCAGGAGAAAAACGUGCUGUCACACUACUUAAGGUUCAGGAUUGCCAUGUUUUAAGAUAUGUUUCAAAGGAAGAGUCGGGUGGAAAAACAGCUAAGCUUCUCGUUGGAGGCAAAAAUGUAUCUCCUUUUUCUAAACCAGAGUCUGCACAUGAAAUUUUUAAAGAAGCUGGAGUGCCACGGAAGCAGAAAGUUUCAACAUUUAAUGUAACAGAUGAUGCCAUAAUUAAACCAGGUACUCCUUUGUAUGCUGCUCACUUCCGCCCCGGGCAGUUUGUGGAUGUUACGGCAAAAACAAUUGGUAAAGGAUUUCAAGGUGUCAUGAAAAGGUGGGGAUUUAAAGGUCAGCCUGCAAGCCACGGCCAGACAAAAACUCACAGACGACCUGGAGCAAUAUCUACCAACAAAGCUUCCAAAGUUUAUCGUGGGAAGAAAAUGCCUGGUAAAAUGGGUAACAUCUACAGGACAUCUUUUGGAUUAAAGGUGUGGAGGAUCAAUACAAAACAUGACAUUAUUUAUGUAAAUGGAUCUGUUCCAGGACACACCAAUUGUAUGGUGAAGGUCAGAGAUAGCAAAUUGCCUACUUACAAGGACUGCAAUAUAAACCCUCCAUUCCCUACGUUUUUUGCUGAUGGAGAUGAAGAACUGCCAGAAGACCUUUUUGAUGAGGAGAUUUUUCAGUUCACAGAUCCAUCUGUCACAUUCGCAUAAUGUUCCUUGCAUCUUUGAAAACACAGUUUUGUUCUUUUCAUGUACAUUGCAGUGCUGUAUAAAAGCAAGCCUAUGAAUUGCAGUCUGGCCAACUGACUUAAACACUUCAGGUAUUGUUAUUUUGGUCAGGUAAUCAGAUUUCCCACUGUCAGUCUCAAACCUGUACUUAAAGCAACAGGUGAGUCUGAGGGACAGGUCGUAAAGCACACCAAACUGUGAGUCUUCAAUGACCUCUUGUCUUCUGCCUCAGGCUGUGAAAACCUACACAAUCCUGAAAAACUGUUGUUUUGAAGAUGGUUCCAGUUCAUUUUCUGAAUGUGAACAAAUUCUGUUUCUCUUUUAUAUGAAGUAUACUGCACAACUCUUAUCAAUCAGAAAAAGAUUCCAAAUUUGCCUUGGCAUCUGAAGUGGGGGGGGGAAUCCAUGAAUAGUAAUCCAAAAUAAAACAAGAAAAUG